AUGAAGGCUACUACCCUCCUUUCCAUCAUCGCUUCCGUUGCAGUCUGCUCUGCUGGCAUUGCUCAAUCUCCGGGAGAAUACUCGCUUUUCAAAGCACAAGCCGGGGAUCCAAACUGCGUGACGGGAGGAGGCUCUUGCAACUUCUUGGUUGAUAGAUGCUGCGCGGGAGGAGCAUGCCUUGGUGGAGUGUGUUCAACUGAUUAA